AUGUCUUUGAUAAAGCUUCUAAAAAUCCCCAGUAGGUUGUUCCAAAAGGACAUUAUAACAUUUUUGAUGAUACGUCGAUAUGACUUUGGUGUAAUUGACAAUAAGCUUCACUAUAUAGCAGUAAGACCGUCUGCUUCAAUAUCCCAACUAAGGCAAAAAGUUUGGCAUCUCCUUGAUCUACCUGAUUAUUGUGAGGAAAUUAUAAUAUUAAAAAGUGAGGAUGAUAAAGAAUUACCUCUAACGCAUCUUCGCAAGGGCAACGAUCCACAGCAUCCAUAUUAUUUAGAAGUAUAUCUUCCUGAGAAUCAUGCCUGUAAGUCA